UGACCUUUUCGGGACGCGGGAUGGUGAGGGACAGGGCACCCACGUCUUAGCGCUCUCGGGCCCUGACCUUAGGCUUAGGGAGGGAGCGCCAGCAGCAAACGAACGGGGGUCGGAGACUGACACCUUGGCGCAUUACCAGCGGCCACGUCCAAGCCCCUGGACUACAUUUCCCAAGAGGCCGUGCGCGCGCCACCGGAAGUGCUGCCGGGCUAUAAAAGCCGGGGUGGCGUUGUCCGAGGGUGGCAGCCAGCUGAAUGUAGGUUCCCGGGAUUCUACGUGCUUCUUGUAAGAGACCCCGGAGUGGCCCGCCUCUCGUCGCCCGGCGCCGGAGACUUCAGUCCCCUGUGUCCCACUGUGGUUAGGGAUGAGAACAAGUCCUGCAGCUGUUAUACCCAGUUUGUGAGAAUCAGAGCCCAGGCCACCUUUCUGUGAUCUGGGUCUAAAGGAGUUCUGAUCAGAAUGGCUUCGGGAUGCUUUUACCUGUCCUGCCUGGUGCUGGGCUCCCUGGGCUCCAUGUGCAUCCUCUUCACCACCUAUUGGAUGCAGUACUGGCGUGGUGGCUUUGCCUGGGAUGGCAGCUUGCACAUGUUCAACUGGCACCCUGUGCUCAUGGUGUCUGGCCUGGUGGUGCUCUACGGAGCUGGGCUUCCUCUCUUAUGUCCACAGUGGUUCCUGGGCUUUGCUGUCUUCCUCCUGCCCUGGGCGUCGUUGUGGCUGCGCAGCUUCCUGAAACCCAUCCACGUCUUCUUUGGAGCCUCCAUCCUCUCUCUGUCCAUCGCAUCUGUCAUUUCCGGCAUUAACGAGAAGCUUUUCUUCAGUUUGAAGAACGUCACUCGGCCAUAUUCCAGCCUGCCCAGUGAGGCUGUCUUUGCUAACACCACCGGGCUGCUGGUGGUGGCCUUUGGGCUUCUGGUUCUCUAUGUUCUUCUGGCUUCAUCAUGGAAACGUCCCGAGCCGGGGAUCCUGACUGACAGACAGCCCCUGUUGCAUAAUGGGGAGUGAAGCAGGAAGGGGCUACGGGAAGUCAGCGGUGCAGUCUGUCCUCCCCAGAAACGGCUGUACUUGGGCUUCUCCUGGCCUCAACUUCUCCUUACCUCGGUGGCAGCCUGCUCUCUCCAGCCACUUCCUGCCCACCUGCAGUUCCUGGUGGCUUUGGCUUCUCCGCAUUGACUUAUCGGAUCCUGCAUUUGUUGAGGAUCUUCCUUGCCCUGGUCACUCAUGUGGGGGUCUGCUUGGUCUGCAGGGGUUGGGCUAAUCUCCCCUAAGAGUCUUAGUGGGGACAUGGGAGAAAAAUCCUGCCAGCUCAGAAAAGCUCCCUCGAGUGCAGUCCAUGCUUUAACACAUGGUAAGAGGGAGACAACUUUCCCCUUGGAGGAGCGCAUUGCAUUUCCUCUGCUCUGCCCCUCUGCCUGCCUCUUACCUAGGUGUGCAGGUGGGCAGAGGACUCAGGUAACUCACUGAAGGGGAAGGAUAUUGUUGGCAGUAGAGCAGAGAAGCCGAGGGCCAAGUGUUCUGAGAUGGUAUGUGUGUGACUGUGUGGCUCUACCUCUUCUAGCUGCUGCUUCAGCUGCGGCCUGGAUCCUGCCCUCUCCCCGUGACUUACAUGCCUGUUGCUGUCAGGCAGCCAUGGUAACUUGCUCUCCAAGAAUAAUCUGUCCCCUGAGUCCCAAGAGAUGAGUAGCAGUGGUUUCUGAGGCCUUCCUUUCUUACCUCUUGCUGUGUGUGGGUCUUCCUGCCAGCCCCUGGCCAGGUGCAACCUAUCUUCCCUCUCCAGUCUACCAUGAAAGCCAAGGUCAUUGUUGCAAAGCAUUGUUCCCAGCAGUCCUGGGAGUUGCUUCCACCUUCAGAGACUUUUCUUGCUGAGAAGUAGGCUGCUUUGCCUGCACUAUGACAGCUGCUUGGCUGGCCAAACCCUGCUUCCCCGGCUGUUGCAGAACACCAGCUUUGCUCUUCUCCCAGGGAGAAACUUGGGAGAAACUUCUUGCUUCUCAAUUCUUUCCUAAGUGCUGCCUUGUGGCUCUUCCUGCCUUCUCCAAAUAAGCACUGCCAGGUCCCUGAUUCCAGGCUCCUGUGCUUAGCAGAUAGCUGGGACAUAACCUAGGGUUAGAGAUGAGCACUCCCUGGCAGAUAGUGACCCAGCUAACUGCACCAUCUCCAGCUGCCAGAGUGUAGCAAGAGGACUGGGCUGGACUUCCUGAUUCAUUCAGUUGAAUGACUGACAUGUCUGUGACCAGUGCCCCUUGUUAACAUGUGAGUGGGCAUUUCACUUGAUUUUCAUUAAACAUGUUUUUAA